AUGUCUUCAAUUGAAGAAUAUGAAACUAAUAGUGGAAAUAUUUAUUCAAGAUCUGAUCAACAAAAUUUUCAAUCAGAAUCAAUACCAUUAAGAGAACUACCUCAUGAUUUGAAUUUUCCAAGUAAAGACAAGAAUUUAUCCAAUACGAGAUCAAUCAAUGAGACAGCAUCAAUUCCACCUUCAUUGCCUUCUUCAUCAAUAAUGGAAGUUACACAUUCAAAUGAAUCUAUUGAUGAAGAUGACGAACAAUUGCAUCCAGAUAAUUUCCCAGAUGGUGGAUUGAAAGCAUAUUUAGUAUUAUUAGGCUCAUUCUUGGGGUGUAUAGUAACUUUAGGAGUUAUGAAUUCAGUAGGAGCAGUUCAAGCUUAUGUUUCAAAUAAUAUAUUAGAAAAUUAUUCAGAAAGUACAAUAUCUUGGAUAUUUUCUAUAUAUUAUUUUUUAUCUUAUGCUAUAGCUUUAGUAUCGGGACCAUUAUUUGAUAAAAAUGGGGUUUUUUGGUUACUUGUUUUGUUUACUAUUUUUACUUUUGUUGGAUUAAUGGGGAUUGCAAAUUCUACUGAAAUUUAUCAUUUCAUAUUGGGAUUUAUUGCAUUAGGAAUUGGAACCGGAUUAGGUAUGAAUCCAUUAAUCUCGGUUGUGAGUCAUUAUUUUUUUUAUAAAAGAGGUUUAACUGUUGCUAUAGGGAUGAGUGGUGGAAGUAUCGGUGGAUUAGUUUUCCCAUUAUUAUUAAGAAAAUUAUAUUUUUCUAUGGGUUAUGUUUGGGCUAUUAGGAUUUUGGCAUUUACUUGUUUGGGAUUAAGUAUAUUGUCUACUUUAUUAGUUAAAGAAAGAUUUAAAAGAGUUAAAUCUAAAAAAAUUAAAAAUCUAGAAUGUAAAUAUACUAAUAAUUUUGAUUUACUUAAAAGUGAAAUUGCAGAUUUUAUCAAAAUUAAAGAUCGUGCUUAUGUAUUUUUGACAUUAGGUGGAUUUUUUAGUGAAUUUUCAUUAGUGUUAAUGAUUACAUAUUAUGCAAGUUAUGCAAUUGAUAAAGGGUUUAGUGAAUCAAAUGCUUUAUUAUUAUUAACAGUAUGGAAUGCAACUGGUAUUGCAGGUAGAUGUAUUCCAGGUUUAGCAAGUGAUUAUUUAGGUAGGUUUAAUGUUAAUGUUGUAAUGUUAAUUUUAUGGGUUCUUAGUGUUUUGGUAUUGUUAUUACCAUUUGGAGAUAAUCAUAAAAUAUUAUGGGCAUUUGCAGCUAUUGGAGGUACAACUCUGGCAUGUAUUUUAACUCUUUUACCAGCAUGUUUAUCACAAAUUACACCAACGAAACAUUUAGGUAAAAGAUAUGGUAUAAUAAAUUUUUAUUUAUCAUUAGCUAAUUUAUUUGGUUUACCUAUUGCUGCUGCAAUAAUUGAUGUAAGUUAUGAUAAUUUAAUUAUAUUUAUUGGUAUUUUAGCUACUUGUGGUGCAUUAUUUUGGACAAUUUCAAGAAUAUCUUUAGUUGGUACCAAAUUAAAUAUUAAAGUUUAG